AUGGCUACUGCAGCUUAUUUAUCUAAAUAUUUUAAACGAAUAACAAUUAUUGAAUCAGAUGACGUAUUAAAUGAUGUAUUCAUGAAGUCUACACCUAGUGAAAUAUUAGAUUAUCGUUGUCGUCUUGAAAGUCCAACAUCAUUAGGACGUUCAGGUGAUAAGUUAUUCAAUGAAUAUGGUGUUCGGACAUAUUCAUUGAAAACCGAUUUAAGACUCGCGGCUAGUGGUAUAAUCUUAAAUCAAGAUUUAACUGAAGAUUUUGAUUGGUUAGGUAUUGAUCGUUUUACAUUAGAAAUAGUUUUGAGAAGAGAAUUUUGUUUGAAAUUCAGUAAUCAAGUUGAAUGGAAAUGUAAUAGCAGAGUAACAGAAUUAAUUGUUGAUCGAUCAUUAAAUAUUGUUAAAGGUGUGAAAUAUCGAUCGAAGAAAAAUACUGGUUCAUCGUCAUUGGAGAUAUAUGGUGAUUUUAUUAUUGAUUGUACUGGUCACAAUACAUCAUCACCUAAAUGGUUAAAAGAGAAAUUCAAUUUAAUUGUACCGACUAUACAAAUACAUUAUGGUUGUGGCUAUGUUACAUGUAUUGGUGAAAGAUUUCGAACUGGUGAUCCAUCGCUCGAUUCAGUAGCUGUGAUUGGUAGCUCAGUUAACUCUCCUGAGAACAACUUUGGUUUUAUUAUAACACCAAUGCGUACAAUAGAUACAACUGAUCAUGAUUCAUUAGGAAUACUAGCAACACUUGCUAUAAACUGUGUUAAUUCAGAAUAUCCGCCAAAUGAUUCAUAUGAAAAUUUAUUAGAAUGGGCAAAAGAAAAUCUAGAUCAAGAAUAUUAUGCGGUUUUAAAAUCCAUAAAAGUAUGUAGUCCAUUACUUUCAUAUCGUCGUGCAGUCGAUGCUAGAAAGUAUGUCGAAACAUUAGGUAAAAAAUGGCCUCAAAAUUAUAUAUUAUUAGGUGAUGCCAUAUGUGCAUUGAAUCCUCAAUAUGCACAAGGUAUGACACAUGCAUUGAGACAUGCACGAGAAUUGGAAAAAAUAUUUGAUGAAAGUUGUCAUAUGUUAAAAGAUAUUUCUCAUAUUUUUAAUCGUCGUGCUACAGUAAUUACUGAAGAAUGUUGGUUUGCUUCGACUGCAAAUGAUUGGAAAACACCAACAUUAAAAGUGAUCGAAACACAUAAAAAUGGUGAAGUUAAAACUUAUCAACGAGGCAAUAAUUCGAUUACGACUAAUAACUCGCAACUACGCGUACCUUUAAAGAUACGGUUCAUGCAAUGGUAUAGUCAUUGGUUUCUUCAAUGUGCAGCGAAAUCCGGACAAUUAUCUACAGACUUUAUGCGUGUUGUUCAACAACAGGGCAAUUCAUCAAUAUUAAUGAAACCUACAACAUUCUUUACAGUCAUGCGUAUGGCAUUAAUGAGUUAUGUUAAGAACUGGAGUUUAUUUGGCGGAAGAUUGGCCCAUUGA